GACACGGAGCCGCUCUUGCCAGGGCUCACUUUGCUGGUUCCAGCCUCCACUUUGCCUCGGGACAGGUCUAACCCUGGCACUGAAUUUCUCCUCCACUGCGGCCACGGCCGGGCAGGAGGGUCCCGCAGCAGGAGGGUCCUGCAGCAGGAGGGUCCCACAGCUCGUGCUGCAGCCCAGGGAUUUAAAGGGUUUUGUGUCUGGCAAACACAUUUAAAGGGUUUUGUGUCUGUGCCCGGUGCAGCUCGGCAGCAAGCCUGGGCUCGCCGGGUGCCCGGGGCACUGGGCAGGAGGGGCUGAGCCCCACAGGAACGGUGCUGGGCUGUGCGAAAGGUGUUUGGACAUAUCGAUAAGGCAAUGCCAAGGGGGAUUGGGAGUUUAAAUAACUUUUAACCCGGUGCCACGAGGCGGGUUGUCUGGUUCGUGCUUCCUUGCGUCAGAGGCUGAAAAUAUUGGGAACUGUCGCUGUCGCGUCUGGAGGGACGGUGUCGCAAGAAGCUGGGGCUGCCUCCGGCCGCGGCAGCGGGGGAUUUUUGCGAAGGAGGAAGCUCGUCAGAAAGCCCCAGCGCAGCCGGGGAAGUGCUGAGUUGGGAGAUUCACUUUGCCUGGUCGCGGCUCCCACAGCGGCGGCGGUGGCACUGGGAGGAACGAUGCGUGGCUGAGUGCCCAGUGACCUGACCCCCGAGGAGUGCCAGGAGCUGGAGAACAUCCGCCGCCGCAAGCAGGAGCUGCUGGCUGACAUACAGCGGCUGAAAGAUGAGAUAGCAGAAGUGACGAAUGAGAUCGAGAACCUGGGCUCCACGGAGGAGAGGAAAAACAUGCAGAGGAACAAGCAGGUGGCCAUGGGCAGGAAGAAGUUCAACAUGGAUCCCAAGAAGGGCAUCCAGUUCCUGAUUGAAAACGACCUGCUGAAGAACACGUGUGAGGACAUCGCCCAGUUCCUGUACAAGGGAGAGGGCCUCAACAAGACAGCCAUUGGUGACUACCUGGGCGAGAGGGAUGAGUUCAACAUCCAAGUCCUGCAUGCCUUCGUGGAGCUGCACGAGUUCACCGACCUCAACCUCGUGCAGGCCCUGCGGCAGUUCCUGUGGAGCUUCCGGCUGCCCGGGGAGGCGCAGAAGAUCGAUCGGAUGAUGGAAGCCUUUGCCCAGCGGUACUGCCAGUGCAACCCUGGUGUCUUCCAGUCCACAGAUACCUGCUACGUGCUCUCCUUCGCUAUCAUCAUGCUGAACACCAGCCUGCACAACCCCAACGUCAAGGACAAACCCACGGCGGAGCGCUUCAUCGCCAUGAACCGUGGCAUCAACGAUGGGGGGGACCUGCCUGAGGAGCUGCUGCGGAAUCUCUAUGAGAGCAUCAAGAACGAGCCCUUCAAAAUCCCCGAGGACGACGGCAAUGACCUUACCCACACCUUCUUCAACCCCGACCGGGAGGGCUGGCUGCUGAAGCUCGGAGGAGGCAGGGUGAAGACGUGGAAGCGGCGCUGGUUCAUCCUGACCGACAACUGCCUUUACUACUUCGAGUACACGACGGAUAAAGAGCCCCGUGGCAUUAUCCCCCUGGAGAACCUGAGCAUCCGCGAGGUGGAGGAUUCCAAGAAGCCCAACUGCUUCGAGCUCUACAUCCCCGACAACAAGGACCAGGUGAUCAAAGCCUGCAAGACGGAGGCGGACGGGCGCGUGGUGGAGGGGAACCACACCGUGUACCGCAUCUCGGCCCCCACCACCGAGGAGAAGGAGGAGUGGAUCAAGUGCAUCAAGGCCGCCAUCAGCCGGGACCCUUUCUACGAGAUGCUGGCUGCCAGGAAGAAGAAGGUCUCCUCCACCAAGCGACACUAGCAGCCUCCGCGGGCCCUGCGAGGCCAGCGCCCCCCAGCAGCCCCAGCCUCUCCCCCCAUGGAGGGCUGUGGGGCUGGGGCCGCGCUGCAGCCUGGCCCCCGGGGCCCAGGACCCAGCUUCAGCUUCGCAGUUUCUUUACCGUGGGGAGAGGGGAGGGCGGGGGGGACAUGGACAUCUCAGUGACUCUGCCCCCCCCCCUCCAUCACUGCCUCAUCUCCGGGACAGCAUCUUCACAGGCUUGAAGUGGGACCCCACAGUCCUGCCCCGGGCUGGGCUGUGGGACGGGGGGUGCUGUGGGUCUGUACUGUCCUCCCCACCCCCCCAGCCUUGGCCAGUGCCCACCCUGCUCCUGACAUCCCCCCCCAGCAAGCACAUGCUGCUGGGUCCCCCCAUCACCCCUGUCCUGAAGCACUUGGGGUGUCCCCUCGGGAAGGUGAACGGUGGUUUUGGGGUGUUGGGGUGAAGGAGGCAGCCCCAGGGGCCGGGGGUCCCCAAGGAGGGACAGCUCCUGGCCCUCGUUGUAGCGGGCCUGAGUCUGUCCUGGGUUUCCCCCAUGCCACUUCCUCAGCCCCCCCCCCAAAAUGUCCCCAGCAGCGGGGACAGUCACUGCGGGCGCAGGGAGGGCUGAGGGUCAGGGGGCUGUCACUGUUGCGUGGGGUGCCAUGUGGGGCAAAGACGUGUCCUCACCCAGCCAUGGGGUGCCAGAGCUUGGAUGGGGGCACCGGUCCGGCAGCACCAGGGUGGCACAUCCUUGCCAUGAGACCGUGCCAAGGUGGCCAUCAUCUCCUGGAGCACGAGCCCUCGCUGCUGAGCGGGUGAUGGGCCUGGGCCGGUGGCUGCCGAGGGGGUCUGGCCGGGCUGGGGGCUCUCUGCCUUGUGAACACCCGUGUCCUGUCCCGUUCCCACCACGCAGGGUCUGGAGAGAGGCGCCUGGAUCAGUAUUAAGUCUAUUUAUCAGAGGUGUAAAUACUCCUGUAUAGUUUUCUCCUUUUAGAUUAUUUUGUAUGUGGGGUCGUUCUGUGCAGAGGCCUCUCUGGAGGGCGGGGGAGGGGGAGGGGGAAGGGA